UUUUAUUUGUACAAUUGUACAAAUUCGAGUAAAAGUACACUUGAAGCGACUGUAAUCAAUAGAUUAUAUUUUCACAAAGAAGAAUAGUCGUUGUCUACACAAAUGAACGAAAAGUGUUUGAACUGUGGCUUAGUUCACAAUACCGAUGACUGUGACUUUCCAAGUCUCAUUCGACGCUGUCCGAGAUGUCUGGUUACAUCCGUCAAUGGUGAAAAUCACACAACACCGUGCUAUCCGACGCACACUGUCGCACAGUUUCGAACAAAUGUUUAUGGUCUAACACCAACACGAAUGUUUUCGAUUCGUUUUCAAGACAUUGACUGGGUGUAUCACUGGGACAAAAAUACGGGUUCAUUUGAACACGUCACCGAUGAUUUCAUGCUGUUAAGCCCAGCCACUGAAGGUAUUUUCCGUUCUGGAAGCUCGUCGACAUCGCGUGCAAUCCAUUACGAUGCGGUAUCGGCAAAACGCUUUUCUGUGCUCAUUGCUGUGUUCGAUGGCAGUCGUUGGCGCUUUCGAAUUCGUGUUUUGUGCUCACCAACAGAUGGUGUAAUUUGUUUCCCACUUGCAAAAACUUUUUACAAUCAAGGUCGCCAACUCAUUCUACCCGAUGAAUACAAGAUGAAUACAGCUCUAGUCAUCGGAAUAAAUGCUGCAAAAGUCAAUGACAUUUCGAUGAAUUUUCGUGUGAACUGCAUAACCUUGAACCAAGAAAGCACAUCUCUUCCUGGUGGGCAAUCACAGUAUUUUGGAUGUGUGCAUUACUCGAAAGCCAAAGAUUGUGCUACAGUCGACGAAAUUCUUCGUCCUUCUCGCAACAUUCAACGACGUUUCAAAGCUGAAUUAUACGCCGAAAACGGCCCAAUUGUUUUCAAAAAAUCAAUGCAACAAAAUCAGGCUGAUUUUGUACAACCACAAGGUUCAUCAGUCAAUGACAAUGUUCAGCCAGGUCCGUCGGGUAUCAAUGCCAGACCCAUGCGCGACACAGUCGUAAAAGUUGAUGACAAUGUUCAAACAUUGGCCAAUGCCAAGAUCGAUCGCGAUGUUGUCGUAAAAGUCGGUGACAAUGUUCAAACAUUGGCCAAUGCCAAGAUCGAUCGUGAUGUUGGUGCCGAAGGUGGAAAUGGUGGCUCAUCGAAUCUCGAUCAAAAAUGUGAGGAAGUCGAACCAAAAUCCAAGGCUGAAGGGGGCGAAACAUCGAUCGAAGAAAUUCUUGGUGCAAUUUUGGAAGCAGCCAUUUUGAACUAA